AUGAGCUUAGAAUCCCUGUUUCAGCACAUCCUCUUCACCGAGCACCAGGCUGAGGAGAGUCGCCGUUUGAUGCGAGAAGUAAGGUCGGAAAUAACCAGAUGUCGUGAAAAAAUUAAGGAAGCAACACAGGUGCUGAGUGAAGAGAAAAUCAAGCUGGAAUCUAAGGCUCAGCAGUUUUCUGAAAAAUCCUUCCUCUUACAGCUUUUAAAAGCAUAUGAAAAUGCUUUAGAAAGACAGUGCAGUGAAAUUACAAACCAAAGGAAUAUGCUUCUCCAAACCUUUGAUGCUACAAAGAAAAAAAUGACAGAGGAGGAGGAAAAAUUUAUUAAGGAAAUUACAGACUUCAAUAAUGAAUAUGAAAUAACAAAGAAAAGAGAGCUUUUGAUGAAAGAAAAUGUCAAGAUUGAAAUAGCCGACUUAAAAAACCAGGCAAACAUUUUGAAAAGGGAAAUGAAAUCAAUGGAACAUGAUAGUGGCCACUUAAAUGAACUUCAAAAACAAAAGAGUGAAUUGAUAGAAGAAUUGUUUACUCUUCAGAGAAAACUUAAAGUUUUUGAAGAUGAAGAGAAUGAAGCUGUUUGUACUACCAAAUACCUAGAGGCAGAAAAAAUUAAAAUCAGUGAAAGGCCUCAAAAUGAUGCUGAAUGCUUAAGACUUAAAAAAGAAUUAGAACUUUAUAAGGAAGAUGACAUGGAAAGUGUUUAUGAAGCUCUCCAAACAGAAAUAGAAUUUUUGGAGUUGACAUUGGCACAGAAAGAUCUUGAGGAAAAAAAAUAA